AUGGAAGCCCAGACAAGUAUGGAAUAUGGAAGAACAGCCAAAAGGCAGAGGCUCGAAUACGGUUGUAGUGACUGUGGUCAAAUCUUUGCAAACAAACAAAGUUUAAACCGUCACAAGAAGACGGCCCAUGGAAGUCCGAAGCUAACUUACAGUCAAUGCAAAAUGACAUUCACGAGAAGAGAUAACCUGCAUCGUCAUUUGAAGACACAUUUACAACAGGGGGUUGCUAAUGAAAGUACUCCACGAGGGACAUCUGCCACCGAACCAACACCCACUCAACAAGAACCUGUCGAGCCACCGUGUGACCUUCAAGCCCUAGGAGGCACUAUGCAGGUUCGUACCAUCCCAGGAGAAGGUAUACAGAAAUACGACCCCAUGACAUUCCUGAAGGGAAAGUACGACGAGGUCAAGAAGGUGCUGAAGCAAGCCAUCAAAGAUCAAGGUGAGCUAAAGUGGUACCUGACCAUCAAAGUAAAGAUGAGCAGGCGGAAAGGUGAGGUGGUGGAAACGGUGGAACCCCAUUUCAGAGGCAAGUGUCAAACGUCUCUUAAAUUUGAAGACCCAGAUGAAGGGAUGGAGGAAUCGAUUAAAAAGAUCUAUACUUCUUUCAUCGAAUUUCAAAGGCAGGGUAGCAACUGGACGGUGGAUAAGGUGGUAGACCUCACCAUUCACAUGGCUCGGUACCGACCCCUUCGAGGCUCGAGUUACACACCCCUCCCCAUCAAAUUGAGAGCUAAGCAUGCCAUCGUCAGUGUUCAGAAUCGGGACCAGAAGUGUUUCAUGUGGUCAGUCCUGGCGGCAUUAUACCCCGUCAAACAACAUGCAGAGCGGGUGGCUAAGUAUGCUCAAUACGUCAAUCAACUUGACACCACUGGCAUUUCUUUCCCCGUUAAACUGGUCGAUAUUCCCCGGUUUGAAAGGCAGAACAAUAUUUCUAUCAACGAGUUCGGUUACGAAAGAGGCAAAGUCUACCCACCCCACGUGACCAAACAACGUUUUGAAAGGCACGUGGACCUGCUGAUGAUCGCCAACAGUAAAAAGUCACAUUUUUGCUGGAUCAAAGACUUGAACCGGCUACUAUUUGAUCAGAAAAGCUAUGGUCAUCGCCAUCAUUAUUGUCUUUACUGUCUACAGGGGUUCACAAAACAGAGAAUUUUGGAUGAUCAUCUUGUUUAUUGUCAAACACAUGGUCCGCAGAAGGUUGACAUGCCCAAAGACGAAGACAAAUGGCUAUAUUACAAGAAUGUAAGGAAACAACUCAAAUUUCCCUACAUCGUCUAUGCUGAUUUCGAAUGCUUCCAAGUGCCUAUUUCAAGAUGUGAAAAAAGCCCAGAGUCAUCAUCCACUGAGAAAAUGACUAAACACGUCCCUUCUGGGUUUGCCUAUAAAGUGGUUGGCUUGUCACCUGAACAUUGCAAACCACUUGUCACCUAUAGAGGCCUAGGCGCCACCGACAAAUUUGUCGAGUGCAUGGUCAAAGAACAAGAGGAGAUAGAAGAGAAAUUUAAACAGUGUGAGCUAAUGGUGAUGACGGGACGAGAUUGGCAAUCAUUCAAGACGGCCACGCAGUGUCACAUAUGUAAGGUGCCACUCGGUCCUAAUCCAGUCAGGGACCACUGUCACAUUACUGGAGAGUUUAGGGGUGCAGCCCACAGUGAAUGUAACCUCAACUACAAGUUUACUGGGCACAUUCCCGUUGUUUUCCAUAACUUGAGAGGCUAUGACAGUCAUCUCAUCAUGCAGGCCAUAGGAAAAAUUCAGAGUAAACCCAUCAGUUGCAUUCCCAACAAUAUGGAAACGUACAUCUCCUUCAGUCUAGGGUGCAUGGAUUUUAUCGAUUCCUUUCAGUUUAUGAACUUUUCCUUGGAGAAACUCGUAAGCAAUCUGGCCAAGGAAGGACCUUCUAAGUUUGUCCACAUGACUCAACAUUUCGGCACAUAUCAACUGCCCCUUUUGUUGAGAAAGCAGGUCUACCCAUACGAAUACUUUGAUUCUGAAGCUUGGUUCUUAGAGACCCAACUCCCACCCAAAGAAACCUUUCGAAGCUCCUUAACUGAUGAAGACAUAAGUGACGAGGACUAUGCUCAUGCCCAAGGAGUAUGGGAUGAAUUUCGCAUCCGAGACCUCGGUCAGUACCACGAUCUGUACGUUUCAACAGAUGUUUUGGCUCUAGCAGACGUUUUUGAAAGUUUCCGGGGUAUCUGUUUGAACUAUUAUGGACUCGACCCAGCUCAUUUCUACACGUCUCCAGGUCUGGCAUGGCAGGCAGCCCUAAAGAUGACUGGUGUGAAACUCGAACUUCUUACAGACAUCGACAUGCACCUCUUCAUCGAAAAGGGACUUAGGGGUGGAAUCUCCAUGAUAUCCCAUCGUCAUGCCAAAGCUAACAACAACCAGGUCCCAAACCACGACCCUGAUCUUCCCAAUACCUAUAUUGCUUAUCUAGAUGCCAACAACCUUUAUGGGUGGGCCAUGUCACAAGCCCUUCCAGUGUCUGGGUUCCAGUGGCUAGAUGAUCCCCAUAUAGAUGUGACCGAGGUACCCGAUGAUGCAUCUGUAAGCUACAUCUUAGAAGUCGACCUGGACUAUCCCGAAGAACUACACGACCUCCAUAACGAGUAUCCUCUUGCUCCAGAGAAAAUGACGGUGACUGAAGACAUGCUAUCUCCCUAUGCUUCCCAGCUUCUGAAAGAGCUAGAUAUGAGUGGCAUUUCAACACAGAAACUGAUCCCAAACUUGAGACAGAAGGAGAAAUAUGUAGUGCAUUACCGAAAUUUGAAAUUAUAUCUUUCACUGGGCAUGAAACUGACCAAGAUCCAUCGAGUGUUGGCCUUUGAACAAAGCCCAUGGUUGAAGGCCUACAUCGAUUUUAAUACAGACAGGCGCAAACGUGCUAAAAUGAUUUUGAAAAAGAUUUCUUCAAACUGA